GUUGCAUUGUUCUGAGGGUUGUUGGUUGAGUGCGGAGCACGAAACAUGGCCUACGCAAUGCUUUUCCUGGUUGUCUGUGGCGGUCUGAGCUUCACGCCGCCCUGCAUAGCAUCGGUGCAGACUCCAACCCUUUCGUCUUGCUCUUCUGCGCAAGUCUUUUCUGUCAGCGCCGUGAGCAUCACAAAUGCCAAGGUUGGCCAAACGAUGAUCUUUGCGUACUCGGGCCAGCUGAUGACCAGUCUCGCAAACUCUCCAGAGCUACAAUUCACAAUGACAAAAAAAGCUUCAGGAGACGUAAUUCCUUGCAUUUCAGACGUUGGAUCGUGUGUGUACAAGCUAUGCGGCGGUACCACGUCGAUUGAACGACAGAUAGGGCAGCCAUGGAACAACGAGUGCCCGAUCCCAGCCUCGAGCUACUCCAGCAGCCUCAGCUUUAAAAUACCUUCUCUGGCUGCCUUUUUCAUUGGGGACGGAAAUAUGCACCUCAAGGUUGCGGCGAUAGAUGGCGGCACUGUCGUCGGAUGCAAAGAGUUUGACUUCAAAGUCGCGCUACGUUAAGAAACGGCAAAACGGAAGCUGACAUAGGAAGUCCGAUGACGUCACCAGGAGCCCCGCUUGGUGCGUCGUGGUCCGAAGCUACAAUUGGCUGAAGCGUAUUCUUCCGAUCUUUUAAUUUUUAUAGCGGGAGUUCAAGGGCUUUUUGCGUUAAACCGGCAAGCGCGACUAAGCGGGUUAUACUUAUCAGUAAUGGGGGACUAACUAUUUUCUUUUUUCUUUCUUAACGCGAGAAAGAGUUUGGUUUUUGGGAUAGAGGAUAAAAAGGAAUUGAUAGUGAUAUUUAAUGUGAAUCUUUUUAUUUACCCUAUUUUCUGGAGUAUAGCCCGCAGGCUAUACAUGUUUAAAAGAUUAAAUUUUUCUCGAUCCGGACUAUACAAGGUCGUGUUUGUUUCUUCUAGAUCGUUCACUGUAACAAGGUGUGAAAGACUUUAUGAAUAACGGAGUAUAUUAUUAUUAAUUUCUGUAUGAUCUAAGCUUCUUUGGGAAUUAAUAAAGAAGGCAUUUGUCAAGGUGUGCCUGGUAUGAGGAUUUUGACAUUCUGAUUAGGCACCCCGUGCAGACCAUACACGGGGUGCAAAUAUGCAUUGAAUGCGGACUAUCAAAGCAAAAAAGAUUAUUUUUGACCCUAAAUUUGUUUUUGCAGACUAUGCACCGGCCGCGGACUGUACUCCGGAAAGUACGGUAGGUUUCAUUAGAAACAUUUGACCUCUCUGAUAUCAAGAACUGAAGUUUUUAAGCGAUGGUGAUGGUGCAGGCUAGCUGGUGUAAAUUGAGCAUAGUUGUAAACCCGAGAUUGGGGAUGCAGAAUAGGAACACAUCAAUGCUUUCUUCGUCCGUGCCAUUCCGUGUUCGUCCUUUGUUCGUAUCCCCUGUCUCGGGUUUACAACUAUGCUCACUGAAGUCUCUGCCGCGCUUCUUGCAUCAAGUUCAUACCAUUAGGGACCACAUCAAUGCUUUUAAUAUUCUGUGUUCCACUUGUGUGAAAUAAUGCAACCAUAAUAUCAAAUAAAAAAAAAACACUUCAUCUUUUUUUUUCAGUUAUACUUUGUGUAAACGUUCUUUAAACGUUUAUAGACCGACACGCGGGCUUGACGUCACGGAGCUGCGGCGGCGCUGCUAUCGCGCCGGACUCCGGGUGGUGUGGACAAAAUGGCGCACGUUUUGCGUGGGCGUUAUAGCAUUUCAGCAAUCUGCAGCCGUUGUACAAAAAAAGUAGCGGGGUGAAUUUCCACAAGUUUCCGAAGGACUCUGAAAGGCGCAGAAGGUGGAUAAUAUCCGUGGAUCGAAAAUAAUGGUCGCCUCGCGCGGACGACCGUUCGUGCGGCAAGCACUUUCUUAAAGGCAAAUGUGGCUUCGGUUUCAAUCUCUUCUCUGAGGCUAGCUUAUGUGUAGGAAAACCGUCGUCUGAUUGAGACCACCCGGAUUUUGUUCCCAAGGUGUUCGAGCACAAAGCACCGGCCCAGCGCUCGUCGUUGGCUCGCUUCGCCCGCGCUAUCAGGCGGAAGAUCGGCGACAGAACGUCAGUGUUCUAGGCAUUACUGAAAAAAAGUAACGAGAUACAUUACUCGUUACUUGCUAAUAAAAGGAACGCGCUACCGUUAACGAUAAGAAGUAACGCGUGUUACUUUUGCGUUACUUUUUUAAAAUUAUGAUUUAACUCGUCUUACAGUUUUGACGUACAGGUACGCAUAAAAUCAUAUUUUGAGAAACAUUAUGUUCAUGCAGAAACUGACCAUAAUUACUUCAUCUCUUUUUACGGUUUCACCUAAAUACUCACGUGAAAAAAUGCAAAGAAAAGCGCAGAAAACCCAGAAAUUCACAUGGUUUGGCGCCUAAAAACACGGAAAAAAUUGAAGUGUAAUCCUUUAAGACUUGGGAGAAGAAGCAACGAGUAACGUACCUAAGUUACCCGUUGCUUGAAAUAGUAAUGUAAAUACGUUACCUUUCACUGUUUUGAAAAAGUAACGAGCGCGUUACUACGUUACUGAAAAAAGUAACGCGUUACCGGUAACGUCGUUAGUUGUAACGUGUUACCGCCAAGACUGCAGGACAGACAAAGUGUUACCGCUUGUCAUGCCUUGUGGUCAGGAGGGUAGGAAAAAUAUCAUACUUUUACUCGAAGACGCUGUGCGUAUUUAAUCAAUUAAUAAAUACACUUCAGCAGACCCGAAGUCUGCUGAUCCCGCUCGGCUCGAAGUAAUCGUAGGCCUCGAGAGACCUGUACGCCUGCACCGUGUCGGCCGUCAACUGGCUUGGCGAAAAAACUAAAUAAACGACGACAUGAGCCGUCGACGUCGGUGGCAGCAACUUCACGUCGGAACUGCACCAGGCCUUGUGUACGUCGUACGGAUCGUCGAAGGCAACGCCGUCCACGCGCUCUUUGUCUCCAUACCGCUGCCCUUCAGGCUCGGGUAGCGAGAUGAAUUAGUCGGCCAUUAGAUGAGACAUACGUUGACAAGAAAUAGAACGCACAAAUAAAGCUAAAAGCGUCUCUACAACGUCAACAACGAGCGCACGCCAUAGAACGCAAUAGUGAAAACAUGGAGAGCCUGGCCGCUUUUGCCCACAUAGCUGCUGCACAUGCGCGGCCUUCCGGCCGUGUUGGUAAACAAAACCGCGCCGCGUGUCGGUCUAUACGAAGCUGGAAGCUAGCUUGAAGAACAUCUCAAAUCCUGCGCUUGUGUUUUUUUUGUUUUUUUUCUCGCUUUAUUGUCCGAUUUGACGUGCUAAUGAUAUACAGGAAUAAAACACGCCACUCAAAGGAACAAAAUAUGACAAACACACUAAUGAAUUCGUAACUACACACUGGAGUGUAAACAUUUUGUACAGUUGAAAGCGUUUACAUUAGUGGAAGCCACUCGGGCACCGCACUUUGUGCCUUGUACGUUUAGAGGAACUCUCUUGGAAACGCGCCAAAACUUCGCGCAGGUUAAUGUGGGCGUGACGAACGCCGUGGGCACGAAUUUAAAGUUUUUUUAUUUCAAACUUUUUACUCGCGAAAGUUAGUUAAAUGAUAUGUUUCCACACUUAGUGCGGGUUUCUGAGCCACCUCUAUAAAACAUCUUAGCUCGAUACGUUCAGGAAGCGAUUUAGGGGGUCCCUUCAAAGAGCCAUCGACCG